AGGUUCCUUGUCAUCCCUAUUGUAGGGAUGGGAGGGAUGGGGAAAACUACUCUUUCCCAACUGGCCUAUAACAAUGAAAAGGUUACAGCCCAUUUCAACAAGAAAGUAUGGGUUUGUGUCUCAGACCCUUUUGAUGAGGUUAAGAUUGCGAAAGCGAUCAUUGAAAAUCUAGAUAGAACCCAAAGCGGUUCAAAUGAGUUGGAAAUUUUAUUGCAAUCUAUCAAGAGAAGUGUGGAGGAUGAGAAGUUUCUCCUGGUCCUAGAUGAUGUGUGGACCGAAGACCAUAAAAAGUGGGAAAAUUUGAAACUACCAAUUAUAAUGCAAAGUUGUGCUAAGGGCAGUACAAUACUGGUGACCACGCGAAAAGAAGGGGUUGCUAAAAUGAUGAGAGCAACCAGCAGCAUGAUCCAUUUGGACAAGUUGAGCGAUAGGGAUUGUCUAGCAUUGUUCAAUAGCUUUGCAUUUUUGGAUAGGGAAGAAGAUGAGGCUAAUGGGUUUGGAGUUAUUGGCGCGGAAAUUGUGAAAAAGUGUAAAGGUUUGCCUCUUGCUGCAAAGACUUUAGGCAGUCUAGUGUGGUAUAAGAAAACAAGAGAGGAAUGGCGGGAUGUUCUGAAUAGUAAGAUUUGGGAAUUAGAAGAAGUUGAGGAACAAGUUUUCCGACCACUGUUACUAAGUUAUUAUGAUUUGGCCCCUGCAGUCAAAAGAUGUCUUUUGUAUUGUGCAAUAUUUCCCAAAGAUUAUAGUUUCAAAAAAGAUAAUUUGAUUGAUCUUUGGAUGUCACAAAAUUAUCUUAAUUCAAAGGGAAAAAAAGAAAAGAGAAGAUUAGGUCAAAAUUAUUUUGAGAGUCUAACAAUGCGGUCUUUCUUUCAAGAUUUUAUAAAAGAUCAUAUGGAAAAUGUUUAUAGAUGCAAAAUGCAUGAUAUAGUGCAUGACUUUGUGCAGUUUCUUACCCAAAAAGAAUGCACUAUUAUAGAAGCAGUCAAGGGUGCUGAUCAAAGAGUGGAGCUACCGGGUGAUUAUAAGGUUCGUCAUUUGACCUUAAUAAAUGUACAUGAAGGUCAACUUCCUACUUCAUUUGACAAGUGCAAAAAUGUGCGAACCCUCACACUCCUUGAUUCAAGCAUUACAACCAUAAGCCCCGGUUCAAUUAUGCAAAUGAAAUGCCUUAGGACAUUGAAUUUGAGUGGUAACUGGACAUCCCCUAGCAUGCUCAAUGAACUUCCAAAAGAGAUUGGUAAAUUGAUUCAUUUGAGAUAUAUGAAUUUGUCUUAUAGUGGUAAUUUGAAAGAAUUACCGGAUGCUGUGUGUGAUUUAUACAAUCUACAAACUCUGGACGUUUCGUGGUGUGGUCAACUUGAGAAACUACCCAAGGCAAUGGGAAAGUUGAUUAACUUGAAGCAUCUAUAUGUUUACUGUUGUGAGCAACUUGAAGCAUCUAUAAGUUGAUUAACUUACCGAAAGGGAUUGGGAGUUUGAAAAGUCUGCAAGUACUAGACUGGUUUUAUGUAUGUGAGGGUGAUGAUGAUGAAGCAUUGAAAUUAGGAGAUCUCGGAAUCAUGGACCAGCUUCAGGGGAGCCUUUCUAUAGCAUUUUUGGGGAAUAAGGAUGAUGCGAGUGAGAUUGAGAAAGCACAGUUGGGGAAUAAGGAGCACCUCUCCGAAUUGCGAGUAAUUUUCCAGGAAGGAGAUGAAGAGCAGAGAAAAGGUGAUGAAGAAAUAGUGAAAGCAUUGCAACCACAUCAAAAUUUGGAAUCUUUAUCCAUUUUGUAUUGCCAAAUUGGCACCACCGAGUCUCUCUAUUGGAUCAAGUCUUUACGCAAUUUGAGAAAACUUAAUCUCCUUGACUGGAGAUUUUGUGAAUUUUUGCCUCCUCUUGGAAAAUUGCCAUCGCUUGAAAUUCUGGAGAUAGACGGGAUGAAGAAAGUGAAAACGGUGGGAGUUGAAUUUCUGGGAAUAGAAGAAGAAGAAGUCUCAAGAGAUCUAUUCCCCAAAUUGAAACGACUUGAAUUUAGAUUCAUGGAGAACUGGGAAGAGUGGGCCUUUGUUUCUGAAAUCACAAUAAUGCCACGCCUUUCUGAGUUGCGAAUUGUUCGGUGCCCAAAGCUAAAAGCACUGCCAGAGUUCCUCUACAAGAUAACGGAACUGCGUACUUUGGAGAUCAGGGAUUGUGACAUUCUGGAAGGAGAAUACAAAAAGGACGUGGGGAAGGAGUGGCACAACAUUUCUCACAUCCCAAACCUCACAAUCCAAUCUGGAAGGAACUGAACAGAUACACUUGAGGACCGCAUUGAAGCUUCUAGGACUAAGAAUGUCAUUGGAGUUGUCAAGCUGUUGAAGCUCUCUAGAUAGCAAAGGUCGUCACUGAAUUAACUUGUGAAGUUGGAGUUCAUCCAAUCUGACGUGCUUAUGCAACAUGUUGGGAUAUGGACUAUUCUUCAGUCGCUUAAAUGUUUCAUAGGAUGGAAUAUGUAUCAGGCGGAAGUUCACCACAAAGGAAAUUCCGUAUGCAUUUGACUGAUUGAAGUGACCCUUAACUCAAUAAUUUAUCAGUAUCUUAAGCAAUCCAAUGAGGAAGCUUUUUGUGAAAUGAACCUUAAUGCUGAUUGGGAUUUGGUAAAUGGGAGUUGAAAGAUUUUGUAAUAAUAAACAUGGAGCCCGAUAAAUGGUGUAAACUCAGACUUGAAAGAUUUAUUGGAUGAUUCGCUGCCCAAAUACAAAUCUCCAUGGAACUGAACAGGUAUUCAUAUUGUUGGAUUUCAACUACUUUGCAAGUACAGUUUGGUGUUUGAAGCUUGGUAAGUGUAUUUUACUAAGGGAAGGAAUUUGAAGUUGCUGAAUCAGUUCAAGGUAAUGGUGGUUCAGAAGUUGGAGCUGCAUGAUUCUGUUGGAGUGAGUAAAAGGAGAUUGCUUGUGGCUCAUAGUGACAUGUUGGAGUGGAAUGAUAAGCUUUUCAAGGGAUUACUAAUUUCAAAGUUCGUGACUGGAAUAACCAGUGAAGUAGGAGUUCAUCCAAUCUGAUGUGCUUAUGCAAUGUGUCAGGGGUAUGGAGGAUAGACUAUGUAUCAUGCGGACUUUCACCAUGAAGGAAAUUUGGUAUGCAUUUGACCGAUUGAAGUGACCCUCAACUCAAUAUGUUUUCAUCAUCUUAUGCAAUCCAAUGUACGUAAUACUUAAAAGGCCUGAAAUUAUGCAGUUUCUAGUUGUGAAAUUAGAUUGACUAGGGUUGACAUCUAAUUUCUAGGGCAAGGGUUUUCGUGUCUUAGGCGGAAGUUUUUUGUGAAAUCGAAGUUAAUGUUGACUGGGAUUUGAUUGGUGAAUGGGAUUUGGAAGAUCUUGUAUAAUCUGAAUCUAAACAAUAAACAUGGAGCCUGAAUCUUGUAAAAUCUGAGAGAUUUAUUGGACAUCCUCUAGUAGCAAAUCCUGCCACCUCACCAUCAUCAAAGGUAGUGGUCUACAUCCAUUGUGUUAAGCUGCACCUGCCUUGAUUGAGAACUAUGGCUCUAACGUUGCAAAUUUACACACACAAACACACACACACACACACACAUAUAUAUAAUAUUCUUGUUACAGGUUUUUGUUAAAAGUUCAGUGUCCGAAACUGAUAAGUGUUUUACAAGGAUACGGGAUUUGAAGAUGCAAAAUCAGUUGAAGUUAAAGGUGGUUCAAUAACUGGAGCUACAGGAUUCUGUUGAGUGGAUAAGGGAUUUGAGGAUGCAAAAUCAAUUGAAGGUAAAAGGUGGUUCCAUAAUUGGAGUUGCAGGAUUAUGUUAUUAUGUGAAAAAGAAAUUUCACCACAACUUGUUACAGUUUGUUGAUAUAGAAACUGUGUGCUGUUCUCAGCAAAGGCGGCUACUGAAUGAACUUCUGAAGUCCGUGUUCAUCCAAGUUGAUUUUCUUAUGCGGCAUGUCGAUGGCUUGGGACAGCUAAAUGCAGAACUAAGAGCUUGUUGCGAUUGGCUCGCCAUAGGCUUCAUGGAUUGAAGUCCCGCUGCAAUUAGACUAAGAAAGAGGAUGAAUUACAGAUCGGGGGUUUUGCGACUGGUCACCAUUCCUUCCCAAUUUUGACUGGUUUAGGAAUCUGAGUUGGCCCAAACUUGUAACAGUUGUAAACCCACCCCCUAUAGGUGUUCGGAUGCAUAGAAAACAUGAGUUUUCGAAGUACUACAUUAUUAUUAUUUUUUUUGGCAAAGCCAAAGUAUUACAUUAAGAGCAUCAAUUAUAAGCUGCCCAAAAUAUUAAUGGUGGCAAUUGUAAGUGUGUGAGACAAAGAUUGAGAUUCUAGGGCUGGGAAACAAAGGUAUUGUGAGAGAAUUCUUGCUGGAAUUUUUUUAUAUAAAAAAAUAUUUAUCACAUUUUUGCCGAAA